AGCCCUUCUUAAAACAAAAUGCAGAAUCAGAAAUGCCAUUCAUACAGAUUUAUCUGUAUUGUAUAGAUUUUUGCGUUCGCGUUCGUUAAAUCAGAUUACAGAUUUUCUAAAUUUAAUACAGAUUUGUAAAGGUUCAUAAAAAGUGAAAAAAAAAACGUUAGACUUUUCUCUCUGAGUAUCUAUUAGUAUUUGAUUGCAGUACUUUAAAAGUUUAUUAAUCAACGGACAAAUCACAUGUUUUAAAAUGGAAAUCCUUUGUGCAAAUGUUUGAUGAAUUUGAUUCAUUUUAUUAGUGAAUACAGAUAGAGCAGAUAUAUAUUUUCUAUGAAAAUAUCUGGCAUCUCUGUGCACAGCCGAUGAAACACACACAUUUAACAGUGUUAUGGUGACGUAUAGCGGAAAGAAACCAGUGCUACUAGAUUUGCCAAAAUGGUUAUUUGAUUAGUAUUUAACACGCUCUAUUUGGUAAUAUUAGAAUCCGAAACAGUUUUAUUUAUAUAUAAAUAUCAAUGAUAUAAUUAAACUAAUGUCACGGAUACCAAAAAAUACUUAUUGAUGAUAAUUUAAAGAAGAAAACAUUUAACAUUAUGAGAAAACUUUGCUAGAUGAAAACAAAGCGCAAUCAAGUGAAUUAAGUGCAAAUUUUCAUCUCAUAUUUUUCAUUGCUUUUAUUGCUUAUCAGGUAAUUUCUGAAGUCUUUAAUCGUUGAAUAAACAAGUGGAAAGUAAACAUUACGAACUAUAAAGUCAUCCAACAUUGAAUAGUGGUGUAAUUGCGUGAAAUAGUGAUCAUGUUUUGAGACGAAUCGAUUAGUAAAUAUUCAGAAACAUGAUGAAUUGUAAAUCUUCAGACGAAAGUGAUUCCUAAAUCAAAAAGUGAGUUUAUUUUAAAUGAAAAAAAGCGAUCGUUGGAGGUUUUUUAACUAUUUUUUUCAAUUGGAAAGUGUGGCAAAACCUAGAAUGAAUGUUUUAAAACGUUCCACAGUUUUGUUCAGGUACGUUUAAAGAUAUGACUAAUGUUCAAAGUUACGAGGUGAAGGAAUGAGAUGGAAAUUGGAGCUGAGAUGAAAUAGGGAUCCCUUAGAAAACAUUAGGUUUUAUUUAAAUUUCAAAUCCGCAAGCUCUUAAAAAAAAGCACCAAUUCUAUCUUAUGGCGUGUAAUUUUAUUUAAGUUAGCCAAACCCAUUUUCUCGGCUAAUAAGAGCAGUAUAAACUUACAAUCGCCAGGAAAUCAUUACACGGUAUUGCUUGGUAAUUAUUUAGUUUAGUAAUGACAAUAAAUCUUCUCCUAUGUCUACUUCUCUGCUUUUGAUUUUUUUUUCUGCGCUUGAAGUUUGUUCAACACUCUCGUACAAUAUAGGAAAUGUAGUUCCACGUUUAAAUAAGCGAGAAACAAAAAAAACUGCACUUUAUUGUAUUUCAUCAGCAGAUGCAGAAGGGAUCCUCUCUCUCUCUCUCUCGCUCCGGUUCAUAAACGAUUCAACUGAGCUUUCCCUCUCUCGCACUCUCUCUCUCUCGUGGUUAAAGCUUUCGACAGUUACUUACACCAUCAGAAGCAUCAGCUUUCGGUUUUGGGAGAGUGAUCAGCUGUGUGUGAGGACAACAACAACCGGACCGCCGCACCGGACCGAAAAAGAUAACCAAAAUAUUGCUCCGGUAGUUUUCUCUCUCGGAAUGCUCGCACUGUCCCGCAUCUACUCUCUGGCUUCGACGGUGGACUUCCCAUCCGUGUUUUGAAAAUUUUCCGGAGCUUCCCGCGCGCUCGACUUGGACUUGGACCAACGAACGUACGAACGAUGGAACGAUUGACAGAACCGGCAGCAAGGAAUUCAGUUGUAAUCUUUACGCGGCCGUGUAAGCAAGUUUUUUCCAUCUUUCCACGCGUCGUCAGUCGCGACAGUAGUUCAAAACUACUCGGGGAUCGUCGCGCACCGGUACGGAAACUGGGAACUAGUGUGGAAGGACCUUCCGAGCGACAUAAUUAGAGCCGUUGAGUACCUUCACGUACCUGUGGGCGGCAGCAGUGCGAGGACAUUGUAAAAUUUUGCGACUGUGGAUGCUGUGCUGAGGAGUGCUUUCCGAACCACGAGUGCCCGAAACAAAAACAAAAAAAAGACGACGAAGAUGGAGAAGUGAAUGUUAAUAAUUUGGUUUUAUUGAUCGGUGACGAGAAUAGAAAGGGAAAGUGGAUGUUUGUAAUCGACACAAAUAAAAUGUUCGUUCAUUCCCUAAAUAGAUUAAGGUGUAGUCGUAAAAAGUUAAACUAGCGUUUCACACGGAAAAUGUUAACAAUCCACAGCCACUGAGCUGUGCUUUGGAGGAAAGCCUUAAUCGUAGUAGUAGUAGCCGUUCUGACUGGAUUAAUAGAACCCCCCCUCGCUUUAAACGGAUACGUGUUUCAAAUCUUAUGAGAAAACAGGACCAAAGUUCCCAACCGGAUGUGACGGUGUGAUUCCCAUGGUUUAUAUUAGCACAUAUCGAGUAAUUCUAGCGCACCGUGUAUUCGUGUGGUGUUGCGCCAUUAGCCAGCUUUGAAAAGAGAGCCGAGCAAAUAGUGACCAAAAUAGGAAAGUGUUAUCCUGAUUGCUUAGUGAAAAGUCUGUUUACGUUUGCCUUUCUAGUCAGUAGAGUUUUAAAUUGAAUCUGGUUCUGCCGUAGAAGCAAGAAAAAAAAAACGUCAUCCUGAAAAGUAAACGAAAAGUCAAUUAUUUGAGCCCGCAAAGGACUGAUAGAGUUUCUUUAGAUACGUACUAGAAGGCUAAGGAACAAAUAUUUACCAAUUCAUUGUAAUCCAACAACCGCGUGUUUUUGUGUGAGUGUUCGUUGCAAGAAGGCAUGCCCGAAAUGGACCAACUUUCGAGCGGCAUUAUCAUCGAUAACAGGAACAUCACCAACAACAAUAACAAUACGACGCUAACGGUAACGGUAAUGUUCCGUGCGGUUUAAGUCUGAAAAGUGUUCGCCACAGUUCGGCAAAGUUUGAUUAGCUUUUUGGAUUCUCAACAACCGGAUCAACAGACCAGUAUGUCGCUAUUCUUCUUCCGGCUGCACAACCUUCAGCGCGAAGAGGCCAACAAAAAGCGCAAGAAGGCCCAACAGCAGCAACAGCAGCGCCAGCGACAGCGUCGUGGAGCGAAGGUCUUCCGUGGGGCGUCCUGCAAUUCCGGCAUCAGCCAUCUCACGCUCGGACCGUCGCGGCUCUACGAGAAGACGCCGAUGAGUCCGUCGGACAGUUUGGACGAAAUCGCGCUCCAGAUCCCAAGAGUACGGGUAGAAUACUAUGUAAAUGAAAACACAUUCAAAGAAAGACUGCAACUAUAUUUUAUAAAAAAUCAAAGAUCAAGUUUAAGAAUACGAAUAGCUAAUUUACUGUUUAAGUUACUAACUUGCAUUUUGUACAUAUUUCGAGUAGUUUCGGACUUAGAUCCAACGUUCGCUACGUGCCACGGUUGUCGGGUUUCGAACAAGACGGAAUUUUUGGACUCGGCCAAACUGACGGAGGAAGAGUUCCAGGAGAAUCCGAUCAUCAACUGGGACGCGAUCCUGUGGGUGAACCGAUCGACGGAGCUUUGGGCAGUGCAGCUGGUUCUGGCACUGAUCUCGCUCACGGAGGCCAUGCUGAUUGCCUACCUCGGGUACAAGGGAAACAUAUGGCAACAAAUCCUAUCAUUCCAUUUUAUACUGGAGCUGGUAACGACGGUACCAUUCACAAUCACGAUUUUAUGGCCUCCGUUCAGGAAUUUGUUCAUUCCAGUGUUCCUCAACUGCUGGCUGGCCAAGCGUUCCCUGGAAAAUAUGUUCAACGACUUGCACCGGGCGAUGCAGAAAUCACAAUCAGCCCUCUCCCAGCAGCUGACAAUUCUGUCAGCCACCCUGCUGUGCUUGGUUUUCACAAGCGUUUGCGGAAUUCAGCACUUCCAACGUGCCGGUCAUCGGCACCUGAAUCUCUUCCAGAGCACAUACUACGUGGUGGUGACGUUCUCAACCGUCGGGUACGGGGACUUCGUGCCGGACAUCUGGCCCUCGCAGCUCUACAUGGUAAUCAUGAUCUGCGUGGCGCUGAUCGUACUGCCGACGCAGUUCGAGCAGUUGGCAUUCACGUGGAUGGAACGGCAGAAACUGGGCGGCAGCUAUUCCUCCCAUCGGGCCCAGAGCGAGAAGCAUGUGGUGGUCUGUUCCACGACGUUGCAUGCCGACACCAUCAUGGACUUUCUGAACGAGUUCUACGCGCACCCACUGCUACAGGAUUACUACGUGGUGCUGCUGAGUCCGAUGGAACUGGACACGACGAUGCGAAUGAUACUGCAGGUGCCGAUCUGGGCCCAACGGGUUAUCUACAUUCAGGGAUCUUGUCUGAAGGAUGGCGAUCUGGCCCGGGCCCGGAUGGCAGAAGCCGAGGCAUGUUUCAUUCUGGCGGCACGAAACUACGCGGACAAAACCGCUGCCGACGAACACACGAUACUGCGAUCGUGGGCGGUCAAGGAUUUUGCUCCCAACGUGCCGCAGUAUGUGCAGAUAUUUCGACCCGAGAACAAGCUGCACGUGAAAUUUGCCGAACACGUUGUCUGUGAGGACGAAUUCAAAUAUGCGUUACUGGCGAACAACUGCACGUGUCCCGGGGCGAGUACGUUGGUGACGUUGCUCCUGCAUACGUCACGAGGCCAGGAAGGACAACAGUCAGCGGAAGAGUGGCACCGGCUGUACGGCAAGUGUUCCGGAAAUGAAAUCUACCACAUCGUACUCGGCGACAGUCGGUUCUUCGGCGAGUACGAAGGGAAGAGCUUUACGUACGCUAGUUUUCAUUCGCAUAGAAAAUACGGCGUUGCCUUAGUUGGUGUUCGGCCGGCCGAGUUGCCUGAGUUCUACGAGGACACGAUUCUGCUGAAUCCAGGACCGCGACAUAUCAUGAAAAAGGACGACACAUGCUAUUAUAUGAGCAUUACCAAAGAGGAAAACUCUGCCUUCGUGGUGAAUCAGAACCAGAACCAAAGUCCCGAUCAGCCACCCAAAGAGGUCUCAGCGCAUAACAACAACAACAACAACAACAGUACGACCGCUAGCAAUAAUCCGCAAAUGGCCCCCGUGCCUUCCGUCUGUGUACGAGUGCCUCACAGUCCGAGCCUGUGCUCGAUCCACUCAGACAGUCCCGGGUCACCGCGGAACACUAGCAAACCCCCCGCGAGUAUCGUGCUGGACAGUGAUGUCACAACACUGGCCGUGCCAACCUACAGCGAAAGUUCCGCGAACGCCGCUUCGAACGCCAUCACCGUGUCGGAUUCGAAACCGAACCUGAAGGACAUCACAACUCCGACGACGGCUACUACGCAGUCCACCCUGGGACCACCGGCCAUCACCACGGCCAAUCAUCUGGAAAUCCCGACCAACAACAAUCCCAAUCUGCUCAGUCCCGACAUUCUCAACCAGCGGCGAGGAAGCCGACGGCCAUCGAUUCUGCCGGUUCCGGACAUGUUUACGUCGUCCUCGUUCAGCAUAUCGGGCGAGGACGGAAUCGACGGGGAGGAUAACGAGAGCGACGACGAACUGGAUGACGACGUCCCGUGGCGGUCGCCCUCGGAGAAGAUUGCCGGCCUCGGAAGUGCCGAACUGUCCCUUCUGCAAACGCUCGCCAUGAGCUCAUCCGGCGAGUCGAAAUGUUGUAGCUCGACAUCCGAUAGCAAAGAUUCAACUCACACACUCCCUGCAUGGCGAACCGAUUGCUCCCGAAUCGUCAAAGGAUUCCCUCCCGUAUCGCCUUUCAUCGGAGUUAGUCCGACACUGUGCUUCCUGCUGAAAGAGAAGAAACCACUCUGCUGCCUACAACUUGCUCAAGUCUGCGAACACUGCAGUUAUCGUAAUGCGAAGGAAUAUCAGUGGCAGAACAAAACCAUCAUCCUGGCUGCCGAUUACGCCUCGAAUGGCAUUUACAACUUCAUCAUACCGCUGCGGGCACACUUCCGCUCGAAAACUUCCCUGAAUCCGAUUAUUCUACUGCUAGAACGGAGACCAGAUAUUGCCUUUCUCGAUGCGAUCUCCUAUUUUCCAUUGGUUUACUGGAUGUUGGGUUCGAUUGACUGUUUGGAUGAUCUGCUGCGAGCCGGUAUUACGUUGGCCGAGAACGUAGUCGUGGUGAACAAGGAACUGUCGAACUCGGCCGAGGAGGAUACGUUGGCCGACUGUAACACGAUCGUGGCCGUGCAAACCAUGUUCAAGUUCUUCCCAAGUAUCCGCAGUAUUACCGAACUGUCACAGAGUUCGAACAUGAGGUUCAUGCAGUUCCGUGCACACGAUAAAUACGCCCUUCACUUGAGCAAAAUGGAGAAGGUAACUUACGCCCUCGAUGCACUACUACUUCCGGUAGAGCCCGAACGUACCAAUUCCGUUGAUACUUUUAAUGAUCUCCAACAGCGAGAGAAGGAGCGUGGGUCGCACAUAUCGUACAUGUUCCGCCUGCCGUUCGCCGCCGGGAAUGUUUUUAGCGCAUCGAUGCUGGAUACCCUGCUGUAUCAGGCGUUCGUCAAGGACUACGUGAUCACCUUCGUGCGGCUGCUGCUGGGGAUCGAUCAAGCGCCCGGCAGUGGAUUCCUAACCUCGAUGAAAAUCAGCAAGGAUGACAUGUGGAUCCGCACGUACGGCCGACUGUACCAGAAGCUGUGCUCGACGACGUGCGAAAUACCGAUCGGAAUUUACCGCACACAGGAAACCAGCGGUUCGGAAGCGUCACAUGUGAGUAGUUCACCCAUCAACGAAAAAUGGCGUCCGUUCGGAUCGUUCGGCAUUAAGCAUUGUGUGCGGUUGCGACCAACGUACGAGGAAGAAGUGGUCACGACGACAGCCACCGCCAGCAGCACCUCCGCUUCCGGCGUCCCGAUCAAGGGCGUCGCGGAAGCCAAUCUCCGUGGGGUCACCUAUCGGCCGCCACCGUCGACGAUACGCAAGUCGUCGUCCUGUCUCGGAGGGUGUACCGGCCGCCGGGGAUCGAGCAUUUUGCAAGCCUUGCCAAGGUACUCGAUCAAUAUGGCCGACGAAGCGCGCGACAAUCACAUGCAGCAGAUCGAACGGGCGGAGAUAGCGAACCUGGUCCGAAGUCGCAUGGAGUCCCUGAACCUACCGAGCAUUGACUAUGAUGACGUCAGUGAAAAGCGGAACAAUCUGUCCUACGUGAUUAUCAAUCCGUCAUGCGACUUGAAGCUGGAGGAGGGCGAUAUUAUAUACCUCGUGCGCCCGUCACCAUUCUCCGCCCAGAAAACGUUCGAACGGCACAAUUCCCGUCGCAAAUCAAACAUAUCAUUCUGCUCCAAUAUCAAUCUGGCAGCGGCGGCGGCCGGUUCCCGGCGUGGAUCGGGCAUCGGACUGAACACCAUUGGUGGCCCUCAGCCGAUGUCAGGUUACGUAACGCCACGGGCUCCCCCGUUGGUCACAACAAAAUCGAAUUCUUUGUCUCUUCCAGAUAGUCCUAAUGCAAUGGGACAGAUGCGGGGCAGGAGCAAUUCCUUGCGGAUCGACAGUGACAUACUGCUGAGGAGAUCGAACUCACUGCGACAGGGACUGCCGAACAUUGGCAACACGGGCCGACGGAAAUCAUCGCUGGAGGAGAUCGGAAUCAGUCACUUCGCGACACUGAUGCAGGCGACGAAUCACAGCAACCCGAUCAAGAUUGCGCUCAACGGAAGCAUUGGAUUGGAGGUGACACCGCCGGAAGAACCGCUGCCCGUUAUUGGCGUUCCGGUACCGUUCGGUAGCGGAGGUGGCAUAAAUCCUUCGACUCUGGGAGCUUCCAGCGGUAUGGGAGGUUCGACGCUUGGGCUCAGUACCAUACACGAUUCCGGCAGCGGCAACGGAAAUUCGAAUGGAAGCGGCGGUGUCGGUUCGAGUGGUGCUAGCGGCGGUCUAGUCGGUGGGUCUACCUCGAACCUAUCCAGCAUGCAGGGCGAAUCCGGUCAGCAGCCGCAGCACCUCCACGGAACGAUAGUAUGAUAUAACUUAAUGUGGGGCCGCAGGCUCCGCUCGGCGGUACGUAAUAAUAAGUGGAUAUAGAAGGAGCCUCACGCCCGUAGCGGCCACCGGAGAUACUAGAAGUAUCUGCCAGUAAACGCUGUAUCCACUAGAACCAAUACGGGAAGCACACUCUCUCAGUAGUAUCUAUUUAUUCUCUGCCGGCACAAUUUAGACGCUUGAACUGAUUAGCUGAUUAGGAGAUUGAUCUAACUCCCAAAGAAAAAAACAGCAAACAGCACACCAGCACUAGACCGUAAUGGAACGACGAUGGGAAAUCGGCGCAAGGCGAUUUGAAGUGGUGACAUUCAAUGAAUGUAAUUAUUAUCAACAGUAGCGAACCAAGUAGCACACGUAGAGUUACGAACGAAAUAUCGUUGGGAUCAAACUGACAACAACAAAAAAAAAAUGCUGGAAGACAUUAGGACAUGAAAUGUUCAUCUGAUUAUGUAUAAAGAAGAAAACAAAACAAUUUAGGAGACCCUAUACAUAGAACAAUAUUUUUGUUACUAUUUAUCUAAAAAACUAGACUAGUUAUCAAACCAGAACUGUUUUGGUUUGGAUUAUUUUGUAGCUAUAUCUAGCCGUUAAUAGCAAACCGCCGUUAUGGGGAAAAUUGGCAUCAAUACAACCUGGGGGGGAGGAACGGAGACGGGAACGGACAUUUGUACAUAUUGCCACUGGAGCAAACGAAACAUGUCGUAAUAAUUAACAAUAAUAUCCUGCGGGAGAAAACGAGGACCGCGUAAGCGCAUCCAACAUCCAAAUAUUGUGUGACUAUUUUCAGAGAAAAUAAACCCGUCAGUGAUUAUUGUUGUUGAUUUUGUACCGAACACACACACACACACCGUAUCGUUGGGAGUUCCGGGGAAGUUCAAUCAAUUCAAGAUGCACGGUUGGUGGGGCUUAUCGUGGCACACAAACUGUUUUUUUUUGUUAUGAUUGUUGCAGGUCCAUCCGUGGAAUUUGUUUGAUUGUUUGUAAAAAAUAACCAGGGAGCAAAUUUCUUUUUUUUUUUCAAAGCUACUCACUAACAGGUUUAAUUGAGGAUAAUAAUUUUUUCGAUUUAAAAAAGCUUUUUUAACCAACCCCACCAAACCGUUCGUUAAAAUGUAAAUAUUCUGCAUUGGUAAACAAAACAAAGUGCACGUCUGAAAAGGAACGAUCUUUUGAAGUGUGCACAAUUUCUCAUAACCGUACCCAUAAGUGAAUCAAGUAACAGGGGAAAAAAAACCUAUCAAGUGGUCCAAGUAGCUUUUGUUUCCGUUGACGAAUAAAAUUUAAUACACCAGAAAUCAGAGUAGACAUAAUAAAUUUUCAAAGUAAACAUGAUGGCGAAUGAUUACCAUGACAACCGCACACAAUUAAUAAUUUCAAUGAAAACUCACAUAACGUACGUGAUAUCGAGUAGUUCAAUUGAUUCUAAAACGUAGUGACAAAAAAAAACAUAGAAGAGAAAGCCAAUCGCCAAUUGUUAUCCUUGCAUGUUGAGUAUAUUUUCCCAUUCCUUCCUUGGAUGGCCUUCCGAUCCCAAGUGAAUCAGCUUUGACUGAGAGGAAUACCCAAGCUAUAGGCGUUUGUUGAUUAUCUAUUAAAGCUAUUUAUUUUCUCAACCUAGAUACAAAACGACUUGUUCCUGCCUUGGUUUUUAUCCUAUGGCCGAAAGUCCAAAAAAUUGUAAAUACUGUACAGUUUAAAAAUAAGCACACACAUCUGUUAGGAAAAAAACAAUCGAAUUUUGUUAAAAUAAAAAGAGAGAAAAAAAAACUAGUAGAAAACUAAUACGUUUUUUUCGUUCCAUUAUUCAUCUCAGUCAGUCGUUUUCAUCUUUGAAGUGAAAAACAAAACAAACGCUUUGGUAUACUGUGAACGCUUUACUAUGAAAUUAAUCACUAAAUUGUGAAACGAAAAAAAAUGGAAGCAUUUAUCACACACACACACUGUUGAGGCAGAAAUGCACCAAAAAAUAGAUUUAAAAAAAAUGAAACUAACAAACACAAAAAAUGCUUGACCUAGAAGAGCAAGUGGUUUUCCAACUAAAGUAUUCUAUCGUAGUGUGUUUAGCAAACUAGUAGAUUAUAAUGCUAAAUGAUUCUCGUAAACUUGAAGGAAACAAAGAAACUAUAAAAGGCCUUAGAAAUGACAAAAAAGAAAAUUCAUGAAUCGAACAACCCGAAGCUUCGUGUCCGAAAACAUGGAUCGACAAGCAGGAAAAACAAAAGGAAAGUAAAAAUGUUUCGCGAUCGUGAUUUUGUAAAAUACAGUGAAACAAUGCUAGAACUUUUUUUAUAAUAUGUCACAGCGCUCAUCAGAAAGUUAAUCAAUUUCAAUAUUUAGACCAGUAGUAACGAUCACCCUGUCGUCUCUCACACCGCCGAACGAUUACAACAUUCAUGAACUCACCUACACAAACAUUCACAUUCACCCACAACCCCGUUUCGCGGGCCAAAUACCGGGACCGGGUUCUCAGUUUAGUUCUAGGCGUGCGUGACAGGCAGGCUAAAUCAAGUAAACCAAAAGGUAGAGUAGUGCACCAGUGAAUGACAAUUUAUAAAUCAAUCUCAAUAGAUGAAAGAAAAACCCUAAGUCAACUAAUUUUAUAAAGUUUCGUAACAAUGGAGUCAAAAAAUUAAACGAAUUCUUAUGAUUAAACAAAA